AUGAACAACUUCGGGGUCAUCGAGCUCGCCAGCGCAAAGACAACCUCAGCGCCAGGCUGGGCUUACGUCCCCGACAACACCAUCAGUCGCUCGACAGCUCCAGCCAACAGGAAGCGCGCCAGAAAUGUCCCAGGUCUUACGUACAGCGACCUGACAGCUCGACAAGACAACAAGAUUCGAAAGGAAGUUGAGGCUUUGGACAAGGAUGGCGGAAAGGAUAACACGAUACCAUUGCCCGUUAAGAGUGGAAGAGCGCAAGGGAAACAUGCACCCAAUGUUCGCAAGAUUUUACAAUCGCAGAAGACAUUUGCAAAUCAUCUAGACGAUUUCCUCGCGAUGCAAGCACUUGCAGAGUCCAACCCUGCGCUCUCCCGAUCCAACACAUCCGGCGCAAAUAACAAACGGUCGUCCAACAAUCGAAAAGACACCCCCUCGAACUCCAAACCACCUCAAGACGAAGACACAGCGAUGGCAGACGUCGACCUUCCGCCAGUUUUGCCCGAAUCAUCCGGACCUUCACAACCCAGUCGUCCUGGUGAUGACGACCUCUUGCUCGUGUCCCGCAUCCCCGAAAUACCGUCCGAUCAGGAGCUGCGCAAGCUUCUUGCGCAUCCUCCUCUCAGCUACGGCGAUGCCACAGGCAAUUGGGAUACCAAGUAUCCCGUCAGAUCGUUCUGCGAGGUCUGUGGGUACUGGGGCCGUGUGAGAUGUAUGAAGUGCGGAACUCGGGUCUGCGCACUAGAUUGCCUGGAGGCACAUAAAGAAGAAUGUGUCACGCGCUAUGGGCUGUAA